AUGGACCCGGAACAUCACGAGCAGAUGCAGCGGCUGCAGCAGUACCGGCGUUCAGUCGCCGGCCAGAGCAAGCCAGCCAUUUCGAGUUCCGGGUUAGCAGGCGGAUCGAGGGAGGCAAGUAGUCAGGGCUUACAGAUUCGGUAUACGCCCGGGAGAUCAAGUGUUGAGGGUGAACCUGUACAUGAUCCUUUGAUUUAUCCUGGCCUAUACGCACCGAGUGGCUUCGAUAUGAUGGGUAUCUUGGUGCGAGUCGGCACGCGCCCAAACCCCAUCAUCAGCCUAGGGAACGUCGACAGCUCCGCCCCACUCGUGCUCUGCGACGCCGCCAUGCCCGACUGCCCCAUCGUCUACUGUUCCGAGCCAUUCGAGACGCUCACAGGCUAUCUCAGCUCGGAGAUCCUGGGACGCAACUGCCGAUUUCUGCAAAGCCCCUAUGCGGGCCGGGAGACAACCGUGGGAUCGGACGUCAAUCGCGAAGCGAGAGCGGUGCUGAGAGAGAAGAUCGCUAGAGGGGAAGAGGCGCAGGUGCGGCUCGUGAAUUAUAAGAAGAGUGGUGAGAGGUUCGUGAAUCUCGUGACCAUUGUCCCUAUUUCUUGGGGUGAGGGAGAGCAGAGUACCGGGUAUAAGAGGUACAUCGUCGGGUUCCAGGCUGAUCCGAAUAUGGCUCUUUCCUGACGGGGAUUGCUGAUCGGGAGAGGAUUUUGGUGGUCUGCGUGCAGCCGGAUGGUUGAGGAAGUUCAGAUUGAGUGUUCUCAAGUCAUAGUGUUCAUGAGAGUAUGUCGAAUGAUACCCAACUAUGAAUAUGCUACUAGGCAGGGUCAUGGAUGAUAGUGCCUGGCAUAAAUGGUAUUGUAAUGUAACACAUCUGCAGUAGACAGAUUUUAUUUUUUGAAAAUUAUUUUCCCCUUCUGUAGUUUCGAAUAUCGAGGAGAUGGAACUAGG